AUGGAAAAACUCUUCUCUCUCACUGUCAGGCCCUCUCCGCCUCCCCACCGCGACCCAAUUCUCUAUAGCGGAGCAUGUGCUACAAGGUGCCGGUUAUCAUCUCGUUCAAAUCUCUGCCACAGAGCCUAUGAAACUUGCUGCCAGCGCUGCAACUGUGUGCCGCUGGGCACCGCCGGCAACCAAGAAGUGCGCCCUUGCUAUGCUAGCUUUACCACCCACGGUGGCAAGCGCAAGUGCCCUUAAUUCCAACCAAUUACUUAAUUAAAUCCAUGCAUGUGUAUAUUGCUUCAUCACCACGCUCUCAAUAAACUCAUGGAAGAAUAAUAAUUGUUUACUCGUUUUUUUUUCAA